AUGUCGAUGAGUCCAAAGCACACGACUCCGUUCUCAGUGUCUGACAUCUUGAGUCCCCUGGAGGAAAGCUACAAGAAAGUGGGCAUGGAGGGCGGCGGCCUCGGGGCUCCGCUCGCAGCUUACAGACAGGGCCAGGCGGCCCCAACGGCUGCGGCCAUGCAGCAGCACGCCGUGGGGCACCACGGUGCCGUCACCGCCGCCUACCACAUGACGGCGGCGGGGGUGCCCCAGCUCUCGCACUCCGCUGUUGGGGGCUACUGCAACGGCAACCUGGGCAACAUGAGCGAGCUGCCUCCUUACCAGGACACCAUGCGGAACAGCGCUUCGGGCCCCGGAUGGUACGGCGCCAACCCAGACCCGCGCUUCCCGGCCAGUAAGUGAGGCCGCCCCGCCGCGGGGCCGCGGGCUGAGCACAGGAGGCGCGGUCACUGCUGGCGCCAGAAACACUGGGCCGCGAAGCGCCCUGCCGCGGAGGCAGCUCGCUCGUAG